AUGUUGCCAACACAAACACAGCACACCACUAUCAUAAAGAGUGAUUAUGUUGUCAUGGUCAGAUGUGAUGGUCAUUUGCCUUGAGGAACCUGUAGAUCUCAUUGUCUCUGUGUGUUUCAGCAUUAUUAUGCCAAGUCUCCCAUGGGAUGUCCUGACUUUGCCAUCGAUGACGAUGAACUUGACACUGCCAGCAAGUAAGAGUCUGAUAAUAUAUGAUGAUACCAAUAAUCUGCCAGUAUUGUUUGAAUAUGUAUGAUCUGUGACAUUUAUUUAUCUAUCCUUUCAGGUGAGUCUCAUUGAGACAGCUAUCAAUUUUACUAGGGAGCCCUGGCCAAGAGCAAACAUCACAAUACAAUAACAAUGCAAUAAAAUUAUUUAAGUUGGUUCCGUGGUAGUUUCCUCUUUCAUGAAAGUUGUUUGUUCAGUUAUUUGGAAAAAUCCUCUCCCUGUCCUGUCCUCCACUAGUUAUUAUGGUAUAGACAGUUCUUCUAACAGGUUCCCUCUCUUCCUCUUCCUCCUCUUCAUACUCAUAUCAAUGCUGCCCUCCAGUGGUUUAGUCCUACAGUAAGGACCCCACAGUAGAUUUAUUGCAUUGUGAUUAUAGCCUCUUGGACAGAUUAUUAUUCAUGAAAUUAUAAUUGAUUUGCUGAGUUUAUUUGCUGGCUUAUUUAUACAUUUAUUUACUGAAUUUUUUGUUAUUUUAUUUUGUGUUCGUUGAUUUGCUGAAUUUAUUUUGCUAAUUUAAUUUGCUCGACUUGAGGAUCUCGUCUGAGGACAGUGGGGAGAUGCCGUCCUACACUGAGGACAGUGACGACUCCUAUUCGCUGGAGCUGGACACAGACUCCUCCCACACGGGACAGAUGAACCUAUUAGAGGAGAUCCUUGACUCUCUGAGCACCACCAGCACAGAGCACGGCAAACUCAGCGCUGCCAAGAGCCUGGACUUCUUCAGAUCUAUGGACGACAUCAACUAUAAGACUCCGGUAAGAUAAACAUCUGUAACAUCUAAACCACACUCACAUAACCCCAGAUACAUACAGGAUAUAGAGUCUGAACGUCAUGGACAAUAUCUUUGCAUAUGGACAAUAUUGACUGAGGCACUGGUUAAAGAAAACAUAAAAAAUGUCUAAACCACUGUGUGUGUGUAUAUGUGUCUGUAUUCUAGAACAAGUCCAACCCCCCCAGUGAGAGUAAUCUUCCCCAGCUGUGUACCAGUGGCAGCAGGGUGGGGGGAGUAGGUGGGGGAGGGGAACAGGGAGGAAGCUGGCAGGACGACAGUGCCCUCCACGGGAAGCACCUGCCCCCCUCCCCUCGUAGACAGCCUAGCAAGAGCAGUCUCAAGAGGCCAAAGCAAAACCCCUCGACAGCCUCUCCACCAGCCACAGCUGCAGCCCCAGCCAAGGACAACCAGGUCCCCAAUCUCCUGCCCAAGAUCCAGGCCCCUCAUACCAAGACCCAGCCCAAGCUCCAGGGCCUUCAUGCCAAGCCCCCGAUCUGUCUCUCUCAGCCCCAACCAGAGGAGCCUUCGCUCCCCACACCUCCAUCACCACACCUGGGAGACCACCACCCUUCUUCCAGCUGCUGUCCUGCACCAACCCAUGCCUCCACACACAAUCCUCCACCGGCAACACACACCCCUCCACACACCCCACCGCUGACCCGCGUUAGAGCCUCCACAGACCCCCAGACUGAGUCUGAGUCCAAACCCCAGACCACGUCCAGCAUCCUGCGGCGGAAUGUGCUGUCCAAGGAGACGGUGAGGCAGUACCAGGACCAGGCCCUCCAGGGGCAGGGCAGUCAGGACAAAGAGAGGCAGGGGGUGAAGUCCGGGCAGCCCUCUGUGCUGGUCCCCUGGGAGAGAGAGAAGCCAGAGGAGGGGGGACAGGGAGAGGGCCAGGGCCUAGGGCUGGGGUUGGGGAAGGAACAGGGCAGUGUCUCUGGGGCAGAGGUCCAGGAGAAAGGCCUUCUAGAGGAGAUAGAGUCCAUGUGUCACCUCAGCUCAGCCUUCCAGACCAACCUACAGCUGUCCCAGGUCCAGUGCAACACCAACACACAUAAUAAUACCUAUGCCGACAACCACAGCCACAGCAAAGCCACUGACAAGUCCUGA